GCGCAGUUCCGCCAUGGUCUCCGAGGAAGCUCGGCGGCCCGCUCCCAAGGCUCGCGGCGCGGGGCCGGACAAGUACUCGGUGCUGCUGCCCACCUACAACGAGCGCGAGAACCUGCCGCUCAUCGUGUGGCUGCUGGUGAAGAGCUUCUCCGAGAGUUUAAUCAACUAUGAAAUUAUAAUCAUAGAUGAUGGAAGCCCAGAUGGAACAAGGGAAGUUGCUGAACAGCUGGAGAAGAUCUACGGCUCUGACAGAAUUCUUUUAAGACCACGGGAGAAGAAGUUGGGCCUCGGAACUGCCUAUAUUCAUGGAAUGAAACACGCUACAGGCAACUUCAUCAUCAUCAUGGAUGCUGAUCUCUCACACCACCCAAAGUUUAUUCCUGAAUUCAUUAGGAAGCAAAAGGAGGGUAAUUUUGACAUUGUCUCUGGAACUCGCUACAAGGGAAAUGGAGGUGUGUAUGGCUGGGACUUGAGAAGAAAAAUAAUCAGCCGCGGGGCCAACUUUGUAACUCAGAUUUUGCUGAGACCAGGAGCGUCUGACUUGACAGGCAGCUUCAGGUUAUACCGAAAAGAAGUACUACAGAAGCUCAUCGAAAAAUGUGUUUCUAAAGGCUAUGUCUUCCAGAUGGAAAUGAUCGUUCGAGCAAGACAGUUGAAUUACACUAUCGGCGAGGUACCGAUAUCAUUUGUGGAUCGAGUUUAUGGUGAAUCCAAGUUGGGAGGAAAUGAAAUAGUCUCUUUCCUGAAAGGAUUAUUGACUCUUUUUGCUACUACAUAAAUGAAAAUUGUUCAUUUGUACUUA